AUGUUUUCAUCAGCUGAAGCUAGAAGCAUUGUGAAUGGUUCACACAUUCAGAAGCCAGUUAGCCUGCAUGAUAUUUUCGUUCUGGAAAUUAACAACGUCAUCGACAGCUUUUUCCUGGUGGCUGAAUUUGUUCCAGAACAUAGCAAUGUGAAUCGCACGAAAUUUGUCCAAAACAAUCUGGAGUAUAGUAAAAUCUACAAGGCUAGCAAAGCAUUACAUUUCAUCAGUUUGUCCAUUCUCUCAGUGAUGGUCUUAGAGACUGCAGUCAAGCUCUUUUGUACAGGAUGGUCAUUCUUCAAAAAAAAAUUUGAGGUAUUUGACGCCUUUAUUGUGAUUUCAUCAUUCGCCUUGGACUUCGUGUUUUUGGACAGCAGGUGGUAUGAAACCGGAAAGGACGCCACUACAAUACUUGUUUUACUGUUGCCAUGGAGAGUGGUCAGAAUUGUUAACAGUUUUUUGAUGACAGUAAAACACAGACAUCACCUACAGAUGAUGAACAUGAAGAGGGCCAAGAAAAAAGCAGAAUUAAAGUCUGCAAAACUUCAAACUCUGCUCUCAGAAAUCAGG